CGCGUGCUCCUCGUGGACGACGAUCGGUUGGUUCGCAUGGUCCUCGCCGCCCUACUCCGGCGCAUGGACGCGAUCUGCGUCACCGCAUCCGACGGAGCCGAGGCGGUGGACAAGUGCGCGAGCGGCGAGUUCGACCUGGUGAUCAUGGACCUGCGAAUGCCGGUCAUGGACGGUUUGGAGGCGACGAGAAGGAUUCGGGAGAUGGACGCGGACGUGCCCAUCGUCGGGCUCACCGCCAACACCAUGCCCGAGGACACCGCGCGGUUCAUGAGGAGCGGCGCGAACGAGGUCAUCUACAAGCCCAUCAGCGCGGACAACGUGGAGAAGCUGUUGAGCCGGUAC